UGUCACUGGGAGAUACAAUUACUGCUUCGCUUAGGGGUCCCUUUAACGCCGCCGUCCGCUUCCUGCCGCGCAUGCGUACCUCGCUUCUGAGCUUGUCAUCAUGGCGGCGCGGGGCCAUGUGCAGGAUCCUAACGAUCGGCGGCUUAGACCCAUCUACGAUUAUCUGGACAAUGGGAACAACAAGAUGGCGAUCCAGCAGGCUGAAAAACUUCUCAAAAAGCACAAAGAUCUGCACUGUGCCAAGGUCCUUAAGGCUAUUGGACUACAAAGGACUGGGAGGCAGGAGGAAGCGUUUGUUCUGGCUCAGGAGGUAGCAGCCUUAGAGCCCACUGAUGAUAACUCUCUGCAAGCACUCACCAUCCUCUACAGGGAAAUGCACCGGCCUGAACUGGUCACUAAACUGUAUGAGGCAGCUGUAAAAAAGAUCCCUACUAGUGAAGAAUAUCACUCUCAUCUGUUCAUGGCUUAUGCCAGAGUGGGAGAAUACAAGAAAAUGCAGCAGGCAGGGAUGGCACUUUAUAAAAUAGUUCCCAAAAACCCAUAUUAUUUCUGGUCAGUGAUGAGUCUAAUAAUGCAGUCUAUUUCAGCUCAAGAUGAGAAUCUUUCAAAAACAAUGUUUUUGCCAUUGGCUGAAAGAAUGGUAGAGAAAAUGGUAAAAGAGGACAAAAUUGAAGCAGAAGCUGAGGUGGAGCUGUACUACAUGAUUCUGGAACGUUUGGGGAAACAUAAAGAGGCUUUAGAGGUGAUCAGAGGAAAACUUGGAGAAAAGUUAACAAGUGAGCUUCAGAGUCGUGAAAACAAAUGUAUGGCCAUGUACAAGAAGCUAAACAAGUGGCCAGAGUGUAAUGCUCUCUCCAAAAGGCUGCUACUCCAAAACUCGGAUGACUGGCAGUUCUAUCUCUCCUACUUUGACUCAGUCUUUUACCUUAUUGAUGAAGCCUGGACUCCUCCGAACGAAGGGCAGAUGUCACUGGAAGGAGAUUUGGAUCAUUCCAUAGAACAGGCAGUCAAGUUUGUAGAAGAACAGAUUGAAAAGGAGUCCAACAGUCCACGCCAGCUCAGAGGCCCACAUCUAGCCAAGCUGGAACUUAUUCGCCGUUUGAGAAAGAGAGGCUGUAAUCAUGAAUACAAACUGGGAGAACCAGAAGAUUUGAUGUACCAGUAUUUCAUUAAGUUUGGAGACAAGCCAUGCUGCUUCACUGACAUUAAAGUCUUUGUGGAUCUCCUUUCUGCCAGCCAAAACACAAGUUUUAUAAACCGAUUACUGGGAUCUUUACCGUUGAACCAUGCAGCAGAAAGUGAAAUUGCAUUGCCUGGGGACACCAAGGCUCUGCAGAGACACCUGUGUGUAGUUCAAAUAAUCCGUCUGCUUGGCAUUUAUCAUGAAAUGGGCAAGCUUGAAAAGCAGAAUGCUGUGCGAGAAAUGACUGAAAGAUACAGACACGGACUGCAGUUUGGAAAAUCCUGUUUGAAAACGGAGCUUCAAUUCUCAGACUACUACUGUCUCAUCGGAGCACAUAUGCUUCUGGAUUUAUGGAGUAAUGGUGAAGAAUGGGCGGUAUGGCAUUGUUUGACCCUAUUAGAAGAAGGACUUUGUAACAGUCCAUCUAAUGCCCAAUUUAAACUACUGCUUAUCCGUAUCUACUGCUCACUUGGAGCUUUUGAACCCGCUAUGGACCUUUAUUCCAGCCUUGAUGCUAAACACGUUCAGCAUGAUACAAUUGGUUACCUACUGACCCGGUUUGCAGGAUCUCUGGGCCAAUAUAAUUCUGCAUCCCAAGCUUGCAACGCAGCUCUCAGAUUUUUCCACUCCAACCAGAAAGAUACCUCAGAAUAUAUUAUACAAGCUUACAAGUACGGCGCAUUUGAGAAAAUCCCAGAAUUCAUUGCUUUCCGAAACAGGCUAAACAAUUCUCUACACUUUGCACAAGUUCGCACAGAACGCAUGCUAUUGGACCUUUUACUUGAAGCUGAUAUUUCCAGUAGUCUAGAAGAAAGCAUAAAGUCCAUGAGUUUGAGCCCAGAGGAGGAUGACAUUCCAUGGAAGGACCUACGGGACAACCGGGACCUAACGGUUCUCUUUAACUGGGAUCCAAAGGACAGAGACAUUUCAGAAGACCAUAGAAAGCUGUCCCUGGAGGAAGAGACUAUCUGGCUGCGUGUCCGAUCUCUCACUUUACGGUUAGUUAGUGGUCUGACCGCUCUCAGUCACACGCCUGAGCCCAAGAACUCUCAGAAGGGUACAGAAAAUGGAGUCUCAUCCAAGAUUGACAUUGUCCGAGCAUUGUUACAGCAGUUUGAGGCGUCACUGGAUGCUGCCAAGACCUUUAAUGAGAGACAGAUAAAGUAUCCUUUCCUUGGUCCCCCAGCAACACGACUUAGCGGAUUCCUGCGUAGCGGAGCCUGUCAGUGCCAGAAAGAGGCUCUUCUACUUGUGAAUGAUAUUUAUGAUCUGGAUAUGAGUGGCAUAGAUGAUACAUGUGAAAUCCAAGAAAAAAUAGGGAAGAAAUUAAAGUCUUUACUAGAAGAUUUACAAGAUCUGUUUCAUCGCUGCAAAGGGGACAUCAUGGACAUCCAGGGAGGGAGCUGCCGAACAUCCUCCCAUAUUAUAGAGAAUUUGGUUUUCUUUGUUGAGACAAUCUCACUUAGUUUAUGGGUAUCCAGUUAUUUUGCUGCUGUCCUGCGGCCGUUUAAGUCAAAUCUACAAAAAAAGAAAAAGAAGAAAAAAGACAGCUGUGCUACACCUCUGGUAUUCACUGGUUUCCUGGAGUAUAUUACUGGUCUGCAAACAUUGCUGUCAAAUAUGACUGAUCAUAUAACAGGGCUGGAAAUUUCACUGACUGCACUGAAACUUGAAGAUCUUUCAUUGGACAAUAUCAUAUUUUCAGAGGAUGAAAAGAAGUUUACAAAACUGGCAGUAGACAAGGUUCACAGCAGCUACCUUCACUCACUGCAAGAGAUCGGGGAUCUGCUUAAAAAGAGACUCGAAACAUUCAAAAAAUUUAAAAUCUAGAAUGUGACCCAGCUUCAUACAGUGCUCAUUAUCACAAAGAGCUCCUGACGCCAUCUUAACCUUAAUCCAGAACUUCCUCAGAAAUGCAUGAAGGACUUAAACCAUCAACUUUUUUUUUUUUUUUUUUUCUAUUUUAGGUUUUGAGAAUUAAUUAUUUACGGCUACUUUAAAUUAUUGUACAUAAACAGGAAGCAGGACCCGAAGUUUGGGUGUUACCACUCUUUUAUACAUAAUCAUAAACCUGUUGGCAGCAGCAAAUGGAUGUUUAUACCCAUUUGAUCUACAUGUGAACUCGGGAACUUUGUAGAUGCAGCAAUAGAUGUCCGCUUUAUCUUGAGGGGGCUAGUUCAGAGUCACCGCUACAGUUCUUUUCCAUUACCAGCACAGUAUAAUUACUCACUUUUUUAUCACAUUUUUUUAAUCCUGUGAUCUGUCUGCUUUGAAAAUAGCUUUUUUCAGUCUGUUUUUUUUUUUUGUUACUUUGUUUUAACGCAAGAUGUUUCAGAGCCUGAAUCAUGAGCUGCUAUGUUAGAUUCCAAACACACAGUUACCAAUAGAAAUCCUUUCCAGCUGGAAUAACACACACAAAAUGGACUGCAGACUUUGGGAGGAAAAUACAUGGUGGAUUUUAGCUGCAAGACCAAAGUUGCUGCACAAAAAAUUCUUGGAUGUAGAAAUUGCCUCCUAUAAUUUAAACUAAAAAUAGUUCAGCUUUGCCUGAAGCCACUUUGUCUCGUUGCCCACAUUCAAGUGAACACACAGGUUUUUUUACUUUUAUCAGAGUCCCGGUGCUUUAUGAGUUAAUAUCUUUGGUCCUUGUGCUGUUGCUUCUAGGAGGAACCCUUCUCUGCAGUUUUCUUGAUCUAUAUAGUCAGAAUGAUGCUUUUACAUGCCACAGGGUUGCAGUCCUUGCUCUACUUUGUAAGCUUGUUGAUGGAAAUCAAACCUCAUUGGACUGUUGGUAUUAUAGGACAAGUUAAUAUGUAUGUGAUAAAUGCAAACCUCAGCCCAAUGUGCAAUAUAAACCAGCAAAAAAAAAAAACCUCUAGAUGAAUAACAUCUGCUUUUUGCACUCCAACUGAUGCUGAACUCUCUGUUCCCCUGAAGCUCAAGGGGGGUUGUAGUCCAACAAAAGCUGGAGGGCCACAAGCUGGACAAUACCAGAUUUAGACCUAGGGCUAUUUAAAACUUAAAAUCCCACAUCUGCUUGAGCAUCGCAAAAAGCUGUAUUUAAAGAGAUUCUGACAAUCAAAACAUUGUCAUAUCCUAUGAACACACAUUUUGUUAGUGAUGCUAGGUGGUUGACAAGAGUAUUUUUAAAAUAAAUCUCUACAUAAUAAAAUGGUCUUUCAUGUA